UGACCGGUUAGCAGAGGAUACUCACUCCUCCUCGACACCUGAUCAUACUUAUAUCUAUUUGGAGGUCCGUGUUGCUCCGCUUUGAAUUAGUAUUUCGUUUUAUGAAUUUUUGAGAUCGUUGACGGUUUGUUAUUGUCAUUUUGUCAUGGUUGCCAGAAUUGAAUCCUCGUUAUGACACGUCAUGUGACAUUUAUUAUCUAACACCUGUUUGAAUCUCUUAAUCUAGUACGAUUUUCGGUUGGAUAUAGUGACACACGUAUUUACCGAUAUGGAGAAAAGUCACCUCCAUUUAGAAGAGAAAGAAGGAAUAAAGCAAAAAUUAAUUUCCAUUUACCGAGAUUUGCAGAAGUUUUUACAAAGCGAAGUGUACACGAAAGAACUUCAAAAUGAACUUCAACAAUCAAAUCCAGACUAUCUAAAAGUUCUAGAGAAGAGAAUUCGAGACAUGGAAAAAUCAGACCACGGAAUCGUGAUCGCAGGCGAAACAAGUGCUGGGAAAUCGACAUUGAUUAACAAGAUACUGGAAAAGAGGAUUUUUAAAGGCAGAAUUCUUGAAUCUUCAUCAACAAUAUGCAAAAUACGUAAUUCAGAGAGAAUAAAAAUAGUCACUGAAUGCGAUACAGGAGAAAUUGAAGAGACAGAUUUAACAAAUAAAUGUGAAUUGGGUUCAGAAAAAGGGGUGAAAGUAUUAAGAGAUUCAUUAAAGAAAGUCACAGAUAUGACGUUAUCGAUGAAAAGCAUACACCAUCGAAGUGUGGACAUUGGAUUUCCGAUCCCGUUUCUUAUGGGCAACGUGAUUCUUGUGGAUACCCCAGGGAUUGGAGGAUCAGGGAAAGUUACUCAGAAACUAAUGGAAUAUCUACCCAAUGCAUUGUCUUUUAUCUUUGUGAUAAAUGUGGCGAGUGCUGGUGGAAUGCAAAGCGAUAGGCUUCCAGAGAUACUUAGGUCAAUAUUGCUCCUGCAAAUGGACAAUGAGAUGCCAUGUUUUAAUCCGGAGAACGUCAUAUUUAUAACAAAUAAGUGGGAUUCACUAAAUACCAAUAAUACUGACGAAGACAGCAGCGAUGAUGAUGAAGAAACUAAAGUUUGGGAAAACAUAAAAUCAAACGUCAAACAGAGGUGGCCGUCUGUGAGAGAGGAAAACAUAUUCAAAAUGAACCUGAAAGAUGUUUCUCCUCAAAAUGAUAAUUCGUCAACAAAACAAUUCAAAAAAUUCCGAACACUUUUAGAGUCAAGUGUCAAAAAGGCCGAAAACAUCCGAGUUGAUCAACAUAUAAGGUUUCUGCAGGAAAUACUGAUGAACGUAUCCAAGGGAAUUAAUGCAAGACUUGAAUUGGGGAAAAAAUCCGAAAAAGAGCAAAUGGAGUUGACAAAAGAGCAUAUAAAGAAAAUUAAUUUCUUGACCGACGAAUGCAGAAAAGUCAGAGACACUUUACAAAAAAGAAUAAAAAAGGAUAUAGAAGGUAUCGCACAAGGAGUAUAUGAUUACAUGUCAACAGAUCUAGGUAAAGACAGGAUCUUAAAUCCACCAGGCAAACCUCCGAUAAUGGAAGUAGAGUGGCACCCACAAUUAUUUGUCAUGGAUAUAAACGAAAGGAUUAAUCUGCAUGUUGUAAAUGUUUUGAAAUCUAGUGACAUUGCGCAGAUGUUCGAAACAGUAAAAAAAGAACUUGCUUCGUUCUACGAAAAAGUUUCAGCUGCUCUUUCUGAUAUGGAAAAUGAUUGGAUAGAAGUUGGAAUAGACGACACUGAAUUAUCAGCAGAUACUGAAGUUGGUGGUACAAACAAUUCAAAAGCAUCCGUCGUUGGAGUUGUCCUUGCAACUUCUCCUCUUUGGUUACCAUUAUUGGCAGCCGGUAUCGGUAUAGUUGUCGCAUUUGUAGGGCUUUCCAUUGCUUUAAGUCCAGUGGCUAUCCCACUUAUGAAGUUCCUUGGAAGAGAUGCUAGAAAAAGAAAAAUAAUAGAUGAAGAAUUUAACAACCGUCGUAAUUCCGUGAGAAGCCUUAUCUGCAAUGAGCUUGAGGUAAACUGUGCUGGCGUCAUGAAUAAGUUGAUAGAUAAAGUUACGAAAGACCUGCUGCCUAAGCGGAUACAAGCCUUACAGAAGUUGAUACAACAGCUCUCAGAGUCUCGAGCAGAAAUUCUGGAAAAUCAGGAAUUGCUUGAAUAUCUUUCAAAGAAACAAAAAGAUAUAGAGGAGUCUUUAACGGAAUUGAAAAUAUGUUUGACUAUGCAAAAAGGAAUAUCAUAAAUAUUGCAAACUUUAUUUUUAAUCUGUAUGCUGCACUUUCUUUUCUUUUAAAAACGGUAUAUAUGGAUACGUAUGUAUGUCUUUUUAUCAAAUCUUUAUCAUAAUUGUUGUUCGUUAACUCUUAAACUUUUGACAAUGAUCAAAUUUUACUGGAAAUCUAGUUUGUCACACAAAAACAUUGUUUCUAGAUAUCUAAAAAAUUAAAUUAGUUAUUCUACAUAAAAAAACUUAACGUCAAUAACAACUUCUUAUAUACUUAGUUGCAAAAAUAGGGGAUUGCUUCAGAGAAGUUAUCUAAAUACCUAAAAAAAAAAUUAAAAAAUUAAAGUUAGUUAAAAACUUGCCAAAAAUAUUUAUAAUUUGAAAACUCCAGACUGUGAGGUUCACGUGUCUAAAAAAUGAGUCAUGCAACCACAACACAAAAAAUAUUUAGCUACAAUUUCAAUUAAACGUAACCAUUUGCCUAUCAAUAAUACAAAUCAAGUGUCUAUAGUAUCAUAUUGUAAUUAUCUUGUAUCUUGUCCUGUCCUGCACAAAAAAUAAAUAAAUCAAUAAAAAUUAAAAGUAUAAACACAUUAAACUAAAUAAAACAGAAAAAUAAUCCGCAUUCCACAUGUUGACAACAAUAUGUGGUUUAGUGUCGAUGUAGAAUAUAAAUUUAAGGCGCUAAGGGCUAUGUUGAAACAGUUUCUCUAAGUACAUGUAUACAGAAAAUGAUGUCAAAUAGCUGAUUAAUACAAAUAAGAUGGUUGCCGAUGAUUAUGCUAUAAUUAAUAACUUCCUAUAGUUUUACAAACAAUGUCCAUAACUUUAAAAGCAAUGUUUAUCAAUGCUUUAAUGCAGGCAAAGAUUAUAGCUAAAAUAAAAUAGCUGCUUAUUGUACCGAAAAGUUUUUUACAACAUAUUUGGUCAAGGAAAAACAUUAAAUGUAAGAAAAUUGGAUUAAAAGUAGAAUUUAACAUGUAAAGUAUAUCUUUCAAGAUAGUUAAACUUUUAAAAAGUGUCUGAUAUAUUCAUUUCAUUGAAUUUGUUUGAAAUAACUAACUGGCUUUGUGAAUAUUAAAUAAUUAAACAAAUGUAUUCCAAUUUUUGAACUCAAAUAUGAUUUCUUAACCCCACCCCCCCCCCCCCUUUAAAAAAAUAUAUAUAAAA